AUGAUUUAAAGAUAACGUUCACAUCAUACUUUUUUUGGAGCAUUGAUGACAUUAUUAUUAAUUGGAUGUAUAAUAACAUAUAUCGUUAACAAAUUUGUUUAAUUAGGAAAGAGAAAAGAAUUUCAAACUCUCUAUUCAGAGAUUUAUUACGAAGAGAUUUCAAAUUAUCCAUUAGUUUAAGAUAAUUUCACUUUAUAAUUUGCCUUUUAGAACUAUAAUUAGACAAACUAUAUAGAUGAAUCAGUUUACAAAGUCAAUGCUGCUCUGAUUAAUAGAGUUUAAAGAAAGUAAAAUAAAAAUAAAAUUAGAAGAGUUAAUAAUGAAACAAUUUCAAGUUUAAUAAAAACAGAGAUUCCCCUUACGAAAUGUUCUAAAAUUGGAAUAACUUAUUAAGAGAUAGAAGAACAAUUGAAUAAUGUAGAUUUUAAUAACACUUAUUGUGUAGAUUGGGAUAAAAUUUCAGAGUUAAGUUUGAGUGGCACACCUGAUUAAGAGAAUUAUACAUAUAUAUACAUAAAUUUCUAAUUAUGUGUUAAUGAUACAAACAAUAGUAGUUUUUAUUAUAAAUUUAGGUGAAAGUGUGAAAUGUAAAUCAAAAGUGGAGAUUUAAGAAAAAUUAAGAAGGAAUUACAUAUAAUUUUAAAUAUCGUCUUACAAUAUUGAUUUAAGGAAUUAUGAAUAGCCAAAUGUUGCUAAGGUUGAGGAAAUUUAAACAACAAUCUCAAGUUAAGUGAUGAAAGAUAUUACAAUAUUUAUGUAACCAAUUACUACAUUGACUGAAGAAGGAUUAUUAGAUGAAUUAGUUAGAAAAGAUUCUACUAUAAGGUAUUAAAAAAAUUAAGAGAUAAUUGAUUUUAAUAGUGAUGAAUCUUUAGCCACUGUAUAAAUUAGAUUAUCAAAUACUGAAAAUAUAAGUUAUAGAAUUUAUCCUAAGUUAUAAGAUAUCUUUGCAUAGGCAGGAGGUUUAUGGGAACUAUUGAUGCUUGCUUUUUCAAUCAUAGUGCGACCAUUUUCGUAAAUGUUAUUUAAGAUGGAAAUUAUUAAUACACUAUUUAAUUUUGAAGGUUAAAAAUAAAUAGAUUCAGACGAAAAUGAAAAUAAAAUGUUUGAUAAAUAAAAUCAAUUUUAAGAAAAUAUUUAUACAAAUGAGAAUGAUGUUUCUAUUAAACUAAACUCUUUAAAAUAAAAAACAAGUUCAAGAUUUCCAAGAGGCAGAGUUAAGAUUAAAACUUCAAAAACAGAUAUGAUUAAUUCUGCUUAAACUGAAAAGUCUUCCUAAAACUUUACUAAUUCACCUGAAAAUGAUAAGAUACUUUAAAAAAGGAUAAAUGCUGCUUUUCGAAAAUUCUUUAGUGUAACAAUAUAAAAAUUGCAAUUUAACCAAUUUGAUUAUUUGAAAUAUUUGAAGUGUGGGUAAUAAUAUAUUAAAUUUAUAAAAGAAAGAAAGAAGGAAAGUACAAGUAAUUAAAUUAUUCAGAAUAGAAACUAAAUAAAUGCCUAGAUAUACUUUUUAUUAUAGAUAAGUUGUAAGAAAUAGAUAAAUUAAAAAUGAUAUUACUUUCAAAAGAGUAAGUACAUUUAUUUGACUUUCUUCCUAAACCAUUAAUUAAUCUAGAUCCAAUGAGUUAAUAAUAGGGAGAGAACUAAUAAUACUCUUCUUUGUUAAAACCUGAAAAAGGGUUAAAAUAGAAAUCGCUAGAAGCAUAAUAAGUUUUAGAUUAAUUACUAGAGAAUUUGGAUGAUCCAAUAACAAAUAAACUUAUAUCUUUAAUGGAUCCUAAUCUUAUAAAAUUAUUAUAAAUAUAACAUGAUAUGAAAAGAAAAUAGAGUCCAAAUUUAUUUGUCAAAGAUUUUAUUGAAUGA